ACGAGCCGCACAGCGCCAACGGUCGCCGGGUGGCAACAGCUCCCAGGCGGCGCACGACGGGCGUUGAGUGCUGGGCCCCGCCGGACCGCUGCGAGUUCAGAAGGCGCGGGGAGGGAGGCGAGGCCCAGCCGCGGGCGGCUUUUGACGAACGGCCCUCACAGCCAAUGGGAAGCCCGGUCGACUUUCCCGCCUCUGCCAAUAGGGAGCAGGACCCGGGCCGGGGGGCGCUUCCCGCAGGCUGCAGCAGGAUUCGAUCCUGCGCGACGGACGCCAAGACUGGGGCGGAGGCUCGGCCCGGGCGCCGGGGAGCGGCUUAGGGGAGGAGGGAAGACCGGAAGCCACGGUCGCGUCCCCAUCCUCAGAUUCGCUCCCUCGGGCAGGAGCGGAGACGGAGGAUAAGGGAGAGGCUGAAUGUUGGCUCGGUAAUAGACGGGAACGGCUGCUUCGGAGCCUCAUCCCAGGGCGCCCCUCUCAGUCCGUCCGCGCUCCUCAGCCGCCAGGCUCCUGGCCGUGAAGUCCCCGCGGACGGCCGGGUCGCGGAGACCCUCGCUGAAGAGGCGCUGCUGGCGGCAAGGACUGGCUGGCGGCAUCCGAGGCGCGCUCCCCACCGCCACCCCCACCCGCCUGUCCGCCGGUCCCUCCGGCCGCCGCCAUGUCCUCCUCCUCUUCCUCCCCCAGGGAGACGUACGAGGAGGACCGGGAGUACGAGAGCCAGGCCAAGCGUCUCAAGACCGAGGAGGGGGAGAUCGAGUACUCAGCCGAGGAAGGCGAGAACCGCCGGGAAGCGACGCCCCGGGGCGGGGGCGAUGGCGGCGGCGGCGGCGGCCGGAGCUUCUCCCAGCCGGAGGCAGGUGGAAGUCAUCAUAAAGUUUCUGUUUCACCCGUCGUCCAUGUUCGAGGACUCUGUGAAUCUGUGGUGGAAGCAGACCUUGUGGAAGCACUGGAAAAAUUUGGGACAAUAUGCUAUGUGAUGAUGAUGCCAUUUAAACGACAGGCUCUAGUGGAAUUUGAAAACAUAGAUAGUGCCAAAGAAUGUGUGACAUUUGCUGCAGAUGAACCCGUGUACAUUGCUGGUCAACAGGCUUUUUUCAACUAUUCUACAAGCAAAAGGAUCACUCGGCCAGGAAAUACCGAUGACCCAUCAGGAGGCAACAAAGUUCUUCUGCUCUCAAUUCAGAAUCCACUUUAUCCAAUUACAGUGGAUGUUUUAUAUACUGUAUGCAACCCUGUCGGAAAAGUGCAACGUAUUGUUAUAUUCAAGAGAAAUGGGAUACAAGCAAUGGUUGAGUUUGAAUCAGUCCUUUGUGCCCAGAAAGCUAAAGCAGCACUCAAUGGAGCCGAUAUAUAUGCUGGAUGUUGCACACUAAAAAUUGAAUAUGCACGGCCAACUCGUCUAAAUGUUAUUAGGAAUGACAAUGACAGUUGGGACUACACUAAACCAUAUUUGGGAAGACGAGAUAGAGGAAAGGGUCGCCAGAGACAAGCCAUUUUGGGAGAACACCCUUCUUCGUUUAGACAUGAUGGCUAUGGAUCCCAUGGUCCAUUAUUGCCUUUACCAAGUCGUUACAGAAUGGGCUCUCGAGAUACACCUGAGCUUGUUGCUUAUCCAUUACCGCAGGCUUCUUCCUCUUACAUGCAUGGAGGAAAUCCCUCUGGUUCAGUUGUAAUGGUUAGUGGAUUACAUCAACUAAAAAUGAAUUGUUCAAGAGUCUUCAACCUAUUCUGCUUAUAUGGAAAUAUUGAGAAGGUAAAAUUUAUGAAGACCAUUCCUGGUACAGCACUGGUAGAAAUGGGUGAUGAGUAUGCUGUAGAAAGAGCUGUCACACACCUUAAUAAUGUCAAAUUAUUUGGGAAAAGACUUAAUGUUUGCGUGUCUAAACAACAUUCAGUUGUUCCAAGUCAAAUAUUUGAGCUGGAGGAUGGUACGAGUAGCUACAAAGAUUUUGCAAUGAGCAAAAAUAAUCGCUUUACGAGUGCUGGCCAAGCAUCUAAGAAUAUAAUCCAGCCACCCUCCUGUGUUUUGCAUUAUUAUAAUGUUCCAUUGUGUGUCACAGAAGAGACCUUCACAAAGUUGUGUAAUGACCAUGAAGUUCUUACCUUCAUCAAAUAUAAAGUGUUUGAUGCGAAACCUUCAGCCAAAACACUUUCUGGGCUAUUAGAAUGGGAGUGCAAAACUGAUGCAGUAGAAGCUCUUACGGCACUGAAUCACUAUCAGAUAAGAGUCCCAAAUGGUUCCAAUCCCUAUACAUUGAAGCUUUGCUUUUCUACAUCAUCCCAUUUAUAAGAAGAGAAGAGCAUGUUAGAAUUUAUGUUCACCUUUAUUACAAUUUCAAAGCUACACUUCAUUAAAAAAUAAUCUAAAAUGGUUGAUCUCAUGUUGCCUUGCUUACUUUAAGAUCCUGUUCUGUAAUAAACAUAUUUUGCCUUGAGUAAAUUUGUUGUAAACUUAAAUAUUGAAUUGUUUUCAUUUUAAGAUAGAAUAUCAUAAUAUAGACUAUCUACAGCCUCAUUGUAGAUUAUACAGAUAUAUGAUUUCUAACCUUAUUACUGUACUUUUUCUUCCACAGUAAAAAUAUAUUUGCAUUCUUAAUGCUAAUUAUCUGCAAGUAUUUUUCCAUUGUGUAAGAGAUUAAUGCAGGUGAUAGUAUUGCAUUUUAAUAUAGAAUUCCUAUUAUAUGUUUAGAUGUUUAUGUUGCAGUUACCCAAACAUAACUUGUAUUUAUUAUUUUAAUCAAGUUUGAGAAUAACAUUGUAUAUGUUGAAUUUUAAGUACUACAGAUUUAACUGAUUUUAUAUUUCUGAAAGGCUAACAGACAUGGAUACACUUGUACAGUAUGCAUUCAAACUUAUUUAAAUUGGUGUAUUUUUUUUUUAAGUCACUGUCCAUGUGUAUUGACAUGCCUCUGUUUCUAGUCCAGUUUGGAGAUUUUAUAAAGUUAUAACAAUGA